AUGGGAAACUGCCAGGGCACGCAGACGGUUGAGGUCAAGAAUGAGGUGCAGGUUGCCGAGAAGCACCCUGCGAUGGCCAAGUUGGACAGUCGCGCUAUUCAGAAGUUCGGGUGGAAGCCGGACAUGCCUGACCACCGUGACCUCCACGUUACUUUCGAGACGGUGGAGGCACCAAGCUCUAUCAAGAAGAAGGCGGAGGGCACCAAGGAGACCGUGGACUUGCGUCCGCAGAACGGCGGCUUCCCCAUUUUCAACCAGGGACACUUGGGCAGCUGCACAGCGAAUGCCUUGGCGGCUGCCUUCCACUUCACCCUGCACAAGAUGACUGUGGAGAACGACAAGGACUUCGCUGACUUCACUCCCAGCCGCCUGUUCAUCUACUACAACGAGCGCCUGGUGGAGGGAAGCGUGGGUCAGGAUGCCGGUGCCAUGAUCCGCGACGGCAUCAAGGUCAUGUCCAAGAUGGGUGUGUGUUCCGAGAAGGUUUGGAAGUAUGACGACGGCCCCUCCUUUUUCAAGCAAGAGCCAGAUCGCAAGGCAUAUGAGGCCGCCCAGAAGUGCCGUGUUAUCGGAUACGCCCGUGUCGCGCAGGACUUGAGCCAGAUGAAGAUGUGCAUCAAGAGUGGCUAUCCCUUCGUGUUCGGCUUUACAGUCCUUUCCAGCUUCCAGACUGCGGAGGUUGCCAGGACCGGCAAGAUGGUGAUGCCCCAGGCAAACGACCAGCAGCUGGGUGGCCAUGCCGUGACGGCAGUGGGCUAUGACGAUUUCAAGGAAUGCUUUAUUGUCCGCAAUUCCUGGGGAGAAGGCUGGGGUGACAAGGGCUACUUCUACAUGCCCUACCAAUACAUCAGCCACCCCAUGCUCGCCCAGGAUUUCUGGGCUAUCAAUUGGGUGGAGGGCUUCAAGAACACCAAGGUGGCAUCAAUCCGGGGCCCAUCGGCACCAGACAUGAACGUCCAGUCCCGUACUAUUCAGAAGUUCGGGUGGAAGCCGGACAUGCCUGACCACCGUGAUCUCCAUGUUACUUUCGACAAGGUGGAGGCACCAAGCUCUAUCAAGAAGAAGGCGGAGGGCACCAAGGAGACCGUGGACUUGCGUCCGCAGAACGGCGGCUUCCCCAUUUUCAACCAGGGACACUUGGGCAGCUGCACAGCGAAUGCCUUGGCGGCUGCCUUCCACUUCACCCUGCACAAGAUGACUGUGGAGAACGACAAGGACUUCGCUGACUUCACUCCCAGCCGCCUGUUCAUCUACUACAACGAGCGCCUGGUGGAGGGAAGCGUGGGUCAGGAUGCCGGUGCCAUGAUCCGCGACGGCAUCAAGGUCAUGUCCAAGGUGGGUGUGUGCCCUGAGAGCGUCUGGAAGUAUGACGACGGCCCCUCCUUUUUCAAGCAGCAGCCGGACAAGCAGGCCUACGAGGUCGCGCACAAGUGCCGUGUGAUGGGCUACGCGCGCGUUGCGCAGGACUUGAGCCAGUUCAAAGCAUGCCUCAAGAACGGCUACCCUUUUGUCUUCGGCUUUGCUGUCCUGUCUAGCUUCCAGACUGCGGAGGUCGCCAGGACCGGCAAGAUGGUGAUGCCCCAGCCAACCGACCAGCAGCUGGGUGGCCAUGCCGUGUGCGCUGUGGGCUACGACGACUUUAUGCAGUGCUUCAUCGUCCGCAACUCUUGGGGAGAAGGCUGGGGCGACAAGGGCUACUUCUACAUGCCCUACGAGUACAUGUGCCACCCCGCCCUUGCCUCCGACUUCUGGGCCAUCAACUGGGUGGAGGGCUUCAAGAAUGCUGCCGCGAAGCCCGCCCCGAAGUGA